GCCGUCUUAUCUUCACAGUGGUGACGUGCAAAAGUUGCGUCUGGACGCAGGGAAGGCCGGGCGAGGCAGCGAGCGCGGGGAAAAGUACUGGCCUUCGUACAAUUCUAAGCGCAGCGGAGAGCAAAUCGAGCUGCAAUGCUCACACUUUCGAAUGCCUUCGGCUGCCCGGUCAGUUGCUGCUCGCAGGCUGCACCGAGUGUGCCGUCGGACAAUUCGGUGACGAGUCGAAUCACGAGUGCGGCUUCAUGUCGAGCCGCUGUCUCUGUGGGCAGCGGAAAUGGCCAGAAUUCGGAGGAAAGAUCCCGCGGUGCCAGCAGUGGCAGACGUCUCUUCAUUUCCAUGAUGUCGGGGACGGUGCUGCUCAACUAUCUCGAGAAGACUUCCGCAGCAGCUGAAGAGGUUAAUUUUGAUUCAGUAGCUUCAGAAUCGCUCGCAACAGAUCCUCAAGUUACCCCACCGGAAUUGGCACUUCCUGACCCGCCAGCGGUCGAAGGAGCCGCCACUGCUGAAGUUCCAGCCGCAUCCGAAGCAAACGCACCUGCCGGAAAUGCCCUCAUCCAAAGGGAUCGCAUUAAUUGUCACCAUUAGAGAUUGAGUGAGAUGAGCUGGUGUAGGAUAACGAAGUGAAGGUGAGGUGAUAAGCUCUGUGUUGGUGUCUGUGUGGAGCAGAACUUCUCGCAAGAUCUAAAGCGAACAAAGAAAAGAACGACAAGGCGCGACUGGAUGAUUACUACAGGCGCAACUACAAAGAGUACUUUGAGUUCGUAGAGGGAACAAUUCGUAACAAGAAGAAAGAAGAGCUGACAGAAGCAGAGAAAGGCAUUAUAGAAUGGCUUGCGAAGAACAAAUAACAGAAGUCAGGCCAAAAAGAAACGGUAAAUGUCCUCUGAACCAUUGAGAAGGCACGAGAUCUGAAGCAGAAGGUGCGCGUAAUCUGCGUCGUAGCAAGUUUACUGAUCUCCCUUCUCAAGUCCGCUACAUUUAACAAUCAUAUGUUUCUCAUGAGUCAUAUAUGGAUAUGUAGCUUAUUCCCACAACCACGAUUGUUUCUGUCCCUGCUGAAUGAUAAUUUUACACCCAGUGGCAUACUAUACUCAUAUCUAGAGCUGGAAUUCCUAGUCCCUUUCUCCAGAC